AUGCGCAACUUGCUGAACACCAGUCAUGCCAAGUUCAAGCUCAGCGACCACGCCAACACAGCAAUAACAGCAACCACCUGGGACGCCUCCGAUGACUCGCUCAUACUAGCCUUCGGGCCUGCAAAGGACAACCCAGCCAUCACCUUGAAACGCCUGCCUGGCGAUGCUCAAGUAAUUGAAGAUGCGCACUCCAUCGCUUCGUGGGACGCUCCUUCUCCAAACCCCGAGCUUGAGUUCGACACCAUCGUGGACUUGCAUUGCUUCCCGGAUACGAAGACCAUUGUUCUCAUCUUACAGGGUGGUGACAUCGUGGUCGUGCGUGAGGAAGCCCAGCCGGGCGAAGAUUUGAUCGAAAUCGCUGGGUCAAUCGACGCUGGCAUCCGAGCCGCAGCGUGGAACCCAGGCGAUGAGGUACUUGUCAUCUACUCUGGAGCGGAAACCCUGCUUUUCAUGACAAGAGAUUUCGACAGUAUCUCCAACGUCACCCUCUCUUCGGAAGAUCUUCAGGUAUCUAACCACGUCUCGGUCGGCUGGGGCAAGAAGGAAACCCAGUUCAAAGGCCGAGGAGCAGCCAAAGCACUUCGAGACCCUACAGUUCCAGAGCAUGUGGACGAAGGAACUCUCAGUGCUCUAGACGACGGCAAGGUUACUAUCAGCUGGAGGGGUGACGCACAAUACGUAGCCGUCAACAGCAUCCUCCCUGCGGAGCCGAAGCGCCGAGCCAUUCGAGUGUACUCCAGAGAAGGCUCUCUUGAGAGCAUGAGCGAGACGGUCAAUCAACUCGAAGGUGCGCUUAGCUGGAAGCCAAGUGGCCAACUUAUUGCAGGAGUUCAGCGUCAUGACGAUAAGAUCGACGUUGUAUUCUUCGAACGGAAUGGUCUAAGACAUGGAGAGUUUGGCCUUCGGCUUACCGCGGAGGAGAUGGCGACGACUGGUAGUAACAUCGUUUUGAGCUGGAACGCCGACUCGACAGUGCUUGCAGUGUCUUUUGGAGACAGGGUCCAGCUGUGGACCAUGGGCAACUAUCACUACUACCUGAAGCAGGAGAUUAUCCUAAGCGACCGGAGUGGCUCUAUUGGCACAGCUUGGCAUCCAGAGAAACCACUACACCUGACCUGCUCAGAUGCUCACGAUAUACGCCGGCUGUCGUAUCGACUCGAAGUGACCCGUGGAUCAGUACUCCCUCCGAAUGACAUUGGCCUUGUUGCAGUUAUCGACGGCAAGAAGCUGAAGGUCACUCCACUAAGAACCGCCAACGUGCCGCCUCCUAUGGCAUUUGACGAGGUCGAUUUACCGGACAAUGCUCUCGAUGUGGCGAUUAGCGAGGAUGGCACAGAGCUGAUUGUCCUCCACCAUUCUUCGGUGUCGUUGUUGCAAUGUGACUACUCAGCGAGGCCGCCAAAAAUGGCGACGAUGCAUGCGUCCCCGAAAUGGCCGGAGCACAUGGAAGGUAGCUCACGAAAGAUCGUACUGCAAGACGGACGAGCGUUGUAUGCUCGUACGGAUCACGACAGAAUAUGCUACGAAAACACUGAUAGAUUGGAUGGCAAGAACUCGUACCAACUUACAGCUGGCGGCGUACUGCAGGUACAGACCGAUUCGCAGACUUUGCGGAUACCGAAGUGCACUUCUUUCAUCUUCACCGCUUCGCAUUUGAUCUACACCACAUCUCAACAUCUCCUCAAAUUCAUCCAUCUGCACGCUGCGAAUUUGGGUAUCCCGCCUGACGAGCCGGAGAAAGACGAGCGGUGCCGAAGCAUUGAGAGAGGCGCAAAAAUCGUCACAGUCAUGCCUGGUGCUUACUCACUGGUACUGCAAAUGCCUCGUGGUAACCUGGAGACCAUCUUUCCGCGAGCACUGGUCCUCGCUGGCAUACGUGAGAGUAUUAGAGAUCGGAACUACAAGAAGGCGUCCAUGGUUUGCCGUGCGCAUCGUGUGGACAUGAACAUUCUGCACGAUUACGCCCCGCAACAAUUCAUGCACGAUGUCGACCUCUUCAUAAAACAGGUGAAGAAAGUCGAAUUCAUCGAUCUUUUCCUCAGCUCCUUGUCGGAAGAGAACGUAUCGGUCACGAUGUACAGAGACACGCUGGCGCCCACGGAAGAUGUCACCAUCAAUGGCUUGACAAAUGGCACAAGCGAUGGAGUCGUGAAUGGAGUGUCUAGUGGAAUGGCAGAAGGACAAACACAGGAGGUCGCAAUGACCAACUCUAAGAUCAACAAGAUAUGCGAUGCAUUUCUUCAAAUCCUCUCUAGCACCAAGGAAUCACGACUACAGAACAUCGUCACAGCACACGUCUGCAAGAACCCUCCAGAUCUAGAGGCAGGCGUCCGGCUCAUAUCAGGGUUGAGGAAGGAAGGCGACCAGGAGCGGCUCGACCAAGCCGUCGAACACAUCUGCUUCCUUGCGGAUGUCAAUCAGCUCUACGAUACUGCACUAGGCGUGUACGACCUCGAUGUUGCUCUUCUCAUUGCGCAACAGUCGCAGAAAGACCCGCGAGAGUAUCUGCCUCAUCUGCAAGAACUACAUGAUAUGCAGCCGCUCAGGCGGAAGUUCAAGGUUGAUGACGAUCUGAAGAGAUAUCAGAAAGCUCUCACUCAUCUGCAUGCUUUGGAAGCGUUUGAUGAGCUGCAGUCUUAUGCCAUGAAGCACGAAUUAUACGCUGCUGCGAUUGACUUAUAUCGCUACGACAACAGCCGUCUAAUGCAAUUGAUGAGGCUCUAUGCGGAUCAUUUGAACAGUCGCAAUAGGUUCAAGGAAGCUGGUAUCGCCCACGAGUAUGUCGGCGACCAUGCUGCUGCACACGAAGCUUAUCGAGCAGUCGGCACCUGGCAAGAGUGUCUUGCUAAUGCUGCUUUGGUGCCACUGUCGGCUGAUGAGUUGUCGGCUCUAGCACAAGACCUCUCUGCCAGCUUGGAAGAAAGCAAGGAGUUCACGAGCGCCGCCGCUAUUCAUCUCGACUACCUCAACGAUCUCGAUGCAUCCGCCAGAUUGCUGUGUAAAGGCUACCAGUUCGCCGAAGCAGCAAGGCAAGUUACUCUCCGAAAAAAGCCGGAGCUGCUCAAAACCAUCAUAGACGCCGGCCUCGUCGAAGCAUCAGCAUCGAUGACCGAGCUCCUUGCAGAGAUGAAGCAGCAGCUGGCCGCACAAGUCCCACGAUUACGAGAGCUCCGCGAAAAGAAGGCCGACAACCCCAUGGCCUUCUUGGACGGCGAGGAGGGAGGCGACGGCGGUAUACCAGACAACCUCUCGCUUGCUCCCACGGAUGCUUCUACUUCAGCAGGAACUUUUAUGACAAGGUACACAAACCGGAGCACGGGUACCUUGGCCACGAACGCUACUCGCAAGACCUCGAAGAACAAGCGGAGGGAGGAGCGCAAGAGAGCUAGAGGCAAGAAGGGCACGGUGUAUGAAGAAGAGUAUUUGGUCAAUUCGAUCGCUCGGCUGGUGCAGAGGUUGAACGAUGUGGGCGAGGAUGUCACCAGGCUCAUUGAGGGACUGAUGAGGCGCAGUAUGCGGGAGCGUGCUAUUGCCGUGCAAGCGGCUUUUGAUGAGGUCACAGCUGUAGUGAGGAUGAGCAUGGGCGAGGUUUUCAGCAACCCCGAACAAGUCGUGGAGCAGAACGGCGACGUGGGCCAGAAUGGUGAGGAGGGGAUGACACGACCGUUGGGCGGACAGGGUGUGCUUUGGGAUGCUCUGACGUCGCAGAAGCAGGAGACGCCGACGUUGAAGAUCUUCGAGAAACUCAGCUUACUACCGUGA